ACCGUUGCUACAUCGUCGCGAGGGGCCGGGCGCCUGUCAGGGAAGCGGCGCGCGCUGGCGCAGGCGGGCCGGGGUUCCACCGCGCAGUGCCAGCACGAGCAGCAAGUCCGCACCCCGCGCUUCCCGGCCCGCCGCCUGCGUUCUGGCUCGCGAGCCCGCACUCCCGUCCUUCCCGUGCGCUGCCGAAAUAUGGAGCUGCUGUGCUGUGAGGGCACCCGGCACGCGCCCCGGGCCGGGCCGGACCCGCGGCUGUUAGGGGACCAGCGUGUCCUGCAGAGUUUGCUCCGUCUGGAGGAGCGCUACGUGCCCGGCGCCUCUUACUUUCAGUGCGUGCAGAGGGAGAUCAAGCCUCACAUGCGGAAGAUGCUGGCGUACUGGAUGCUGGAGGUAUGUGAGGAGCAGCGCUGUGAGGAGGAAGUCUUCCCCCUGGCCAUGAACUACCUGGAUCGCUACCUGUCCUGUGUCCCCACCCCCAAGGCGCAGUUGCAGCUCCUGGGGGCAGUCUGCAUGCUGCUGGCCUCCAAGUUGCGCGAGACUACUCCACUGACCAUCGAAAAAUUGUGCAUCUACACCGACCACGCUGUCUCUCCCCGCCAGAUGCGGGACUGGGAGGUGCUGGUCCUGGGGAAGCUCAAGUGGGACCUGGCUGCUGUGAUUGCCCAUGAUUUCCUGGCCCUGAUUCUGCACCGGCUUUCUCUGCCCAGUGACCGACAGGCCUUGGUCAAAAAGCAUGCUCAGACCUUUUUGGCCCUCUGUGCCACAGAUUAUACCUUUGCCAUGUAUCCACCAUCCAUGAUCGCCACAGGCAGCAUUGGGGCUGCAGUGCAAGGCUUGGGUGCCUGCUCCAUAUCCGGAGAUGAGCUCACGGAGCUGCUGGCAGGGAUCACAGGCACUGAAGUGGACUGCCUGCGGGCCUGUCAGGAGCAGAUUGAAGCUGCACUCAGGGAGAGCCUCAGGGAAGCUGCCCAGACCUCCCCCAGCCCAGCACCCAAAGCCCCCAGGGGCUCUGGCAGCCAGGGGCCCAGCCAGACCAGCACUCCCACAGAAGUCACAGCCAUCCAUCUGUAGCCCUGGAGAGGCCCCCCUCUAGUGGCCACUGACAGCAGAGGAGACAGAGCCACCGCCCCCCUCCCUGCUUGCCAAGAACAGACGACUGAAGUCUGCGGGGGCUCCUUCCUGUUUUCCCUUUGCUAAAGGGGCAGGUCCUACCUAUUCCUGCAGUGUGCACUAAGGGGCCCUGGCCAGCCACAUCUGGGUGGCUAGUCAGGCCCCUCUUUCCCCCUGCCUCUGACCAGCUUGUCUCCUUCCCUGGCUGUGGGUGGGUCAGGCUUGUCAGAGACAAAAUUGAAUUAGGUGAAAUAUAUGUACCAGCAUUCCUUUUUGAGGCCCCCUUGUCUCAGGGGCUCUCAUGUUCUCCAAAAUACCCUGGUGCCUUAUAAAGGUGCUGCACCUUCUAGAAUUACUGCAUUUGGAUUGGGGUCUUUCUGAAGAAAUUUCCAAUAUUCUGAGAGACACAGUCUGGACAGCUCUUCUCAACAUACUUUGGAGAGCCCUGCAUCAUUCAAGAUAACAGCUGCUCCUAGAGGGCAGGCCUCUGUCAUCAGAGGUUCAAGAAUCAACAGAUUCCUCCUCGCUUUGCUUUCCACUCAGCUUCUCCUAUGUGAUGGGGGAGGGGUGUCAGUGCUGAAGGAAGAGUGGUUUUAAUUUAUUAAUUGCAUUGAAUACAGCUGUAAGAGUGUGGUGGGGCCCACUUGCCCCACAAGAGGUGGUAAUCCUGGCGGUUGCUGCAUCCUUCCCCUCUGCUACUAGAGGAUCUUUGGGACUGAGGAGCUACUUCAGCCUGGGGAGGCAUUAGGCCCUCUCCUUUUGGCCCUCUGCCCUUUCCUUCAGCAGGGGAUGAAGCAGGGAUGACCCGGAGGUGACCGAGUGCCCUGUCUGAAGGGAGGCAAGCCCUGUUGACACAGGCCUUUAAUAAUAAAGAUUGUGGUAUAAUA